AUGGUCGCACCUGUGAAUGAUUGCUCUGAUACCUGCCAAGCAGCAGAUCAAUUGUUUGUAUCAGCGCCGGAUCUGGUAGAUCGCCCUUGGCGCUGGCUCUCCCAUUCUCCGCACAACCCAACACCGUCCGCUAUGCUCAUCGCAUCUCCGCCCGGGCACCAUGCUCCGCGUCCGGCUUACCAUCAUCCGCUACUAUCGCCAAAUACAUUCCUACUCUGUACAAAGUGUGCCCAGCCUGUCCAAGCCGCUGACACUUUAGUGCGGCAUUUUCAGAGGUUGCACCAUAUUGUUCUUGGCAACCAUCGCGGGUUCAUCCGAGCACUCAACUCCCCAGAUUUUGACCUGUCAUCCACCCCCACAUAG